CCCUAACAAUACUCCUCACCUCUUUAGGCAUGUUAAAUCUUGCAUACCCCACACCUGUCCUCACUCAGCUUACACUCUUAGCAGUAUUUACACAGUUAGAAUAUGAGUUUUCGCAAGAGCAUUUUACAGGAUUGACACAAGAGGCUUCCAACAUUACACCCUCCCUAGUUGUUGCGUUUCCUGGUUUAGUUCCCGAUGACAGCAUGCAUUGUCCCAGGAUCAUCAUUAGGUGGACUUGGGGUAAAAAGCACUUAUCACUAACACCUCGCGCUUUGUUUGUUAUAUGAUUGAGGUUGCUCUCUCUUGCGCGCUUUACCUGCACAGCCUUUCCAGAUCCCGCCAGUGGGUUCACAGGCGCUAUCGUUUUCUUGAGACGCACACUUAUGAAUCAUGGCAGUCGAUGGGUUUAUAACUAGCUAGACAGCAUACCUGGUCUUAGCCGCUUUUGUCGUAGCGCGAGGUUCAGAAAUAAGAUAAGCUUAGCCGAAGGACGUGAUGCAAUCUGCGCGUUGACACGCGUACGUCACAGCACUCACCUCCAACCGCUUACCUAGGUUACGAAAUCU